GGCGGCUCUCCCGGCGGCUCUCCCGGCGGCUCUCCCGGCGGCUCUCCCGGCGGCUCGGGCGAGGCUUCGCUCGGAAGGGCUCCUCGGAAAGGCCGCGCUCUCCUGCGUGCGGCCCCCAGGGCCCUCGGGGCGAGGCCGCGGCCGGGGCGGGAUGGAGCUGGCGGUCAGGGAGCGGCUGCUCGCCGCCGAGACCGGACCAGAUGUUCAAGCUUUGAAGAAUGCUUACGAGUUGAUCAAAUCAGCCAGUGAUGGACAAUCUGCACUUGACUCAUCGGAUAACAUCAGCGGCGAUUUAUAUGUUUUAUGUGCUGAACAAGCACUUCAGCUGGGAUAUCUGGAAAUUAGCAGUGACUGUCUACAGAUGUAUUUUAAGGGAAGAUUUCCAAUCAACCAGUUUCUUGGCAGAGCAUAUUUGUGCCAAGGCCAGUUGCAUGCUCCACGCUCUACAGAAAAUUUGGACGACUUUGAAAAGUUUGUGCUGUUUUUUAUGAAGGCAAUAGAUUUUGCAACCCAUGACAGAAGAUAUUUCUUUUUGAUAUAUAAUGCCUCAGUUCUUUAUUGGCAACUUGUGAGGCCGUUUCUUAAGCCUGGAUUCCGCUAUUGCCUUAUUCCCAGCCUUUCGCAGAUUGUUACAGCAUUAAACCAAAUCGAAGAGCGAGACAAUGAAUGGAGAGCAGAACUCAUGAUAAAUUUACUCGAGUGUUUCCUCGAUGCUUCGCAACUGGAAGAAGCAAAAGUGUUUUCAUCUACUGCAGCAGUCUUUAUUAAGGAAAAUGUUCCAGAUAAAUAUUCUCAAAUAUUUUCUUUAAUGGUGUAUCACAAACUAAUGGAUAUUUCCCAGGCAGAGAAGGAAAUACAAAAUUCCAUCCAUCUAUCAGUUAUUUAUAAGAUGCAGGUGCUAAAGUUGCAGAGGGACACAAAUGCAUUACCGAGUGAUGCCGCCGCAAAUCUGAACUCUUUAUAUGUACUUUUGGAACAAUGUGAUGUACCUCCGGCAUCCGUUCUCGAUGUGAAGAUUCCUUUGAUUCUGGAAUUAGCUCAUUUCUCUCUGAAAGUAAACUGCACUGAGCUCGCAGCUCGUUGUAUACUGGAUUUGAAGAGCGCUCGGGUUACUGAGCAAGGGAAACUUAUUGAGAUAGAAUGCCUGGAAUGUGAAUAUGAAAUGAAGAAAAAUGGCACUGAAAUUGUGGCUUAUACCAAAAGAGUUGUUGAGGCUCAACUGAAACUGAUAAAAAAUCUUGAGUCAACAUUAAAACGUGCUGUUCAGUUGGGAGAUCCUGGUGUGAUUCAGGUUGUUUGUGCAACCCAGUGGAAUUUGUGCUUACCACUACUACAACACAAUUUGCAUCAACAUGUGCGAAAGCCAUUGAUUUCAGUUGCCAACGUCCUUGAAGAGAUUGACAGCAUGUUGAUUUUGUUGCGUUGCCAARUUCAUAUGGAAAUAUCUCGUAUUGAAGAAGAUGGGGAUAGACUAGAGGCUGCACUGGAACAUUUGCAAAAAGCUAUGCACCUGAACAACCGUGGGCCGUAUCAAGAACUUCUGAGACUGAGUUUUAACCGCCUUCGUUUGAGUGCUGUGCUCUACGAGUCCCCUGAACAUCCAGAGGAUCAGGCRGUAAUGUUGAUUGAACAGGCUAAAAGGGGAAAACAAAAGGAUAAUGUGAGGAAAAAGAGAUCUCUUCUGGUAAAUGCAGGUCUUGUAUUAGCUCCCGACACCUUUCAGAUAGUCCUUGACAGUGAAAAUGAAGCUAAAGUUUCCUCAGGUAAAAGUAAUAGUCAAAUAAGCUACCUCUGUGCAAAAGCCCAGCAUCAUACUAAAAGUGUGGAGAAAGUAGAUGAACAUUUGAAGCACUUAAGAAAUGCAAAUGACAGAGAGAGAAUUAUACUUUGGGCAGAUUUGGCAAAAGUUGCUCGCAAACAGGAAGUGUGGGAUGUCUGCCGUGCAGCCUGCAGAUUUUGCCUCUUGUAUGAUGAUGUUUUGUUUAGAGGGGCAACCAAGCCCCCUAACCAAAGUAAUAAAAAAACACAGAAAAUCGAAGCUAAUGCAACUCUGAUCAGUGAUGGUCAAGGUGACACCUUAUCAGGAAAAUCAUUGUUACCUGCUCAGUCCUUCUCGUUUGAAGCAGAUUUACUCAGAAUACUAGCAGAAAUAAGGUUUAUUAAUGCAGAGGCAACUGUUCAUUUAUUAAAAUUGCACGGAAUUGAACUGAAUGAUCGUGCUGUACCUCCGGAAGCUGAAAACCAGAGUCAUCCAGGAAGUGUUUCAAAUCUUCCUGAAAGUGAUCCAGAAUGGGAGAUGUACAGUUUAUGGAUAGACAACUUAUCUCGGUAUGCUAUGGAAAAUUUUCAGCGUGCAGCUGAAAUCGGAGAAGAAUUGAAUGAAGCCUGGAUUGUUCACAAUGCUGCGGUGUAUAUCUUAAAUUAUAACAGGCAUCUGAUUUSUUCAGGAAGACAGAGGGACAUUAUUGAGUAUCUGCAGACUCUUCUUGGAGCCAUCAAGACUGUCGGGCAUGAGGGUAGUACUGAAAUUCUACUGAUGUUGUGUAAUGCUUUGGCUCGAGGCCUAAUUAUUUCUUGGAUUCCUAAGACAAAACCUGCUAAGAAAGAAGAUACAGCAAUAGACAGCAGCAGAAAAGCAGCAACAAAGAAACGGGAAAAAGCAGAUGCCAUCCAGUCUUUUUCAGUAGAUCCUAAUGGACUUCCUGACAUCAAAGCUGCUUUAGAGGUUUGUGAAUUUGCACUAAAUGCAAUGACUGAAACCACACCUAAGGAAACAGUCUCUAUUGCUGCACAACAACAGGUCAUUGCUACCUGGGUGAAAGUGAUGCAGUUAAAUCAGCAGCAGAUCAGACAACAGCUUGGGACUCAGGAGGAGAAUAACGAUGAAGCACAAAAUCCCCUGGCAAGAAUUCUUGUUGGUCUGGAAAUGUAUUCGUGUAAUGGCUUGGGUCUCAUGGAUUUCACUGUUCCUAGCUUAUCUCAGUUAGCAUCAUUGGCUUUAGAAUGCAGUUGGUCAGAUUCCUUAUUGGAAUUGCAGACACUGACACGACUUACAUAUUUUGCAUUUGUAUCACAAGACUAUGAUAGAGUGAUGACUUGUUCAAAAAGGAUGUUGGAAUUAGAUGAGAAUUUGGUCCACAAUACAAAUAUUAAGAAAUACGGCAAGCUUGGUAACAGAGUGAGACAAGAAAUGUUAAGUAUUAUAGCCUGUAUACAAGGAAAGAGCAUAAUGGAAAAUUUGUCUGGAAGAAAAGAUCUGCGCGUAGCAGCAUCUGAAGCCUUUGUUCAGAGUGCAAGGUAUGCAGGUGAAGCUGGAAAUUACUCCCUUGUCAUGUUUGCGGCUAGGCACUUUUGGAAUGCCUGUUUACCUUUGCUGGGCUCACCACAUGACAGAGAACAGUUUAGAGAACCUACUGAAAUAAUUAUUAAGAACAUAAUUAAAGCAGAAUCUAAAAACAAACAGGAAAAGAAAGACGUAUGUCCUUUGCAUCAGUGGAUUACAAAGGAUUUUCAAAAUAUUGGGUUAUCAGUUGGAUGCUUUCAUCCAGGUGCUGAGGAAGAUCUGACAUUAAGAACCGCCUUAUAUGGUCUGUUGUUCCACAUAUAUGCUGAUAAAGCUGACUGGGAGACAGCACUAAAACUCCUGGAUGAAGCUAUUCGAGUUUUGCCUCAGACAAGACAAAAACUCCUGAUUUUCAAACUUAUGGCUACAGCGAGGGCAGGAUUGGGACGCAAUUUUAUGAUGACCGUUCAGAAGAUCAGUCAUGAAAAUAAAGAUUAUUUGUCACACAUGUGGCGUCACAUGGUAACGGUCUCCAGAAGUAUUGUUGGACAGUUAAGCUGUUUUCAAAAUGCAAUCMUUGCUUUGCAGAACGGAGAAGAGGAAUGGCAGAAAGUUGAGUCCCUGUUGGAAUUUGCAGAAUGGUUACAUUGCAAUCACUUUCCCCUCAGUGAUGCUAUUAAACCCUUGGACUGGGCAGUAGAUCUCUUGUUACAUAUGAAAUUUCCUGUGCAAUCCGCACAAGAGGAAGAAAAUAAUGCUAUACCAAAAUUGUUGCCUGAAGAAAAUGCUAAGAUGGACAGUGGAGAAAAUGGUGCCAUGCCCAAAAUUAAUUUGGAAGAUUUGAGUAAUAUUAAACAAUUGGAAGCUUUAUUUAGAGCACAGACAUUAAUGGCUUUAAUUUCUGGUUGUAGUUCUUCCUUUCAUCAGCAGCACUGUUUGAUGGCAUAUGCCUGUAUUCUCCGUAUCUGGCAGGUGUCGUUGUCAUCAUCAGGGCCUAUUACAAAAGGUUUCUCAAAGACUUCACAAUCUAAAACUCCUAAAAAAGAGAAGGACAAAAAGAAAGAGAAACAAGUUGAAGUUUCUGUUGUGAAGAAGCCUAAAGGGAAAGAAUCAGUUGAUACCUUGCCAGCAAAUGUGGAAGAAUGGGCCCAGUAUAAUUGUCCCAAUGAAAUCAGAGAUACUUUUAAAGAGAAAACAAAUAGUUAUGGUAUUAACUGGGAUAAUUUCCCAAAACCUACUCGCACUUUGUAUUUUAUGGACCUUUUAUCUAAAGAACUACAGAAAAUAUUUUGCCCCCAUUUGAUUCUUCCAAUCUUUCAGCUGGCUGAAGUUAUUGCUAAUGAAGUUCUGGAAUGUAGAAGUCUGUCUGAUCUCUAUCACUUUCGAAUUGCCCUGAUAUGCUCAGAUUUAAAACUGAGUGAGGCAUCUGUGUAUCAUGAGAAAGCUGCUGGAGAAGUAUACAUUACUGAAUUAGAACAAGCAAUGUGUAGGCAAGAGAUUGCACUGCAAAAAGAAAAAACUGCCUGUAUGAAGACAGAAGAAAGAAAAAUUCCAUUUGAAAAUGCUCAGCCUAAUGGUGGUAGGAAUGAGAAUGUCCUUACUUCAAGUGAAAAGGGUUUUGAGUUAAAUGCAGUAACAGGAAAAGGACUGAGUGCACUUUCUUUCCCUCUCUUGUGGAUUGAAAAGGCUGAAGUACUAAUUCAGCUAGGCUUGUAUCAGCCAGCAAGACUUCUGCUUUCAGAGGCCCAUGCUGCAACUCAGGAACUGAGGGCCCUCUCUGAUAUGUCAAGGUGCUUGUACUUACUUGCUGUGUUGGCUAACCUGGAAAGAAACCACAGACAAGCCAAAGCACUCCUGGAGAAAGCACAGCUUCUGGGAGGAAAUGAGCAGUUUUGGUAUGACAGUACUCUCAGUCUAAUAGAAGCAAUUCUAGAGGAAGAGGGGGAAGGAAAACAGAACAUGGCUUGUGAGAUACUGGAACGUACUGUAAAUGUGCUUCGAUCUGCUUUACUGAAGAGACCUGGCAGGCAGUCGGAAUUGGGUUUUAUGAUUGCAUCCCUUGAAGCCAGAAAAACACUUAUUCAGAUACAUUUUGCCCAGGAUCAUAUGACAGUUAAUCCCAAAGCUGUUCAGUUACCACACAUACUACAGGAAUCCUACAAUAAAUUAGYUCAAGUUGAGAAGGAGUUUUUUUAUUAUGGGCAUAAAAACUGCAGUGCUGAAAUACUGCUGGAAUGUGCAAAUAUUCGUAGGACCAUUGCCAAGCAGGAAAGGAACAAAAAAGACAAACAUAGUCACUAUCUAGACGCUUAUAACUUAGCUCAGAGAGCAGUAUCCAAAACAGAGGAAGUAUUUCAUAAUGUUUGUAGUUUAUUUGCAUUUCAUGAGAGUACAAAUAUUAGUAUUCCAUUAAUGAGACAACUAGCUAAYAGGAAAAUAAAUCUUGUAGAAAUUCUUUUGGAUAUUUGUCAUCUUGUCAUUACUGAGAAAAAGCUUAAAAAUGUGGGAGAAGCAUCAUUUCAUGAAUUUGUGGAGGAGUUCAUCAUUGAAGGUGAUGCAACGGAACAGGAUUGGAAGUAUAUGAAACGCACCGUGGCUCAUAUUACACUGGCUCAGUUAGCAAGCAUACAGAAUCUUUGUAAAGGCUGUCCCAACAUCAAAUCCAAAUGCCUGUAUCUAACUGGAAAAACUCUUCAUUUACUUGCCAUUAAUGCAGAUCCUGUAUAUUCAGAGAUUUACUGGAAGCCAAAUGUUAUGGAAGAAGCUAAAUCAGACAUCAGAAAAUCUUCACUGGCGUCAGCAGAAUGCAGUGAACAAGACAUGACAGACAGUGGUUUAUCAACUAAUAAAUGUCAUAAUGAGAAGUAUAGGAGGAAAAGUCAGGAAUUAAAGACAGAAUAUAGGAUGGCUCAGAAAUAUCUUUGUCAAUCCAGUGAGGCCUUGCUGCAGUCUAUGGCUAUUGCAUUCAGUCACAGCGUUACUGAUGUACUGGCUCCUGCUAGUUUGGAAAUGGCUGAAUGCUUUCGACAAUUUGAUCCAAUUUCAACUAGCCAGUUUUUGGCACUUCAUCAGAGUUGUUCAGCAUCUAUGAUGAUGAAGAGUAUCCUUCUAACCGCWACAUCCAACACCAGCAGCUCUCAGAUGGCAGCAUUGCUGCAUCUUCAGAAUCAUUUAAAACAGAACAGGAGCACAAGUGAUCUUCUAAAAUGUGUGGAGCAGCAACUGUCUGCUAUUUCAGUGGCAUGGAGAAACCUCUGUAUUCCUGUUGAACAUUUUAAUAUAGUGGAUGAAUUGCCAUCUAGUUUCUACAUAGUUGUUCUACAGCAUUCAGAAGACAGAUCACAUUUGUACAGUUCUUUGAUUGAGAUACCCAAAGUAAGUGYGGCACAGCAAAAAGGAAAACUCACUCAACGGAUGGUGCAGGCAAAAGUUUCUCGAUUUCCUGUGAAUCCUGAUGCUUUUUGUAUUUUGUUGGAAAAAAUGCGACUUUUCAAGCUGCAAAAGAUGAAGAGUCAUCUUAAACAAACUGUCAAUCAGAACUUGCAAGACUCUGUCUCCAAAAAAGAGACUCCAACAGAGAAAACAGAUGAUAGUGAGCUUGAUUUGACAUCAGAUUUCUCUGAAAUAAUACAAAUUAUGGAAGACUAUCUGAAACCAUCACUGUCACACUUUGAUUUUCCUGCUCUCACAGAAUCCCGGUGCGUAUCGGUUUCAACAGCUGAAAUGGGAAAAAGGAAAGUGAAAGAUAAGGACACCAAACAAUCUGUAAGGCAGGAUACACCURUGGAUUUAGGGUUGUCUGUGGUGUUACUAGGGGAUACAUUGUUUAUGGAAUUGCCUUUGGAAGCUCUGAGUAUAUUUCAAGAGGAAGGAAUAAGUUCUGUUUCCAGAGAUUUUUCUCUACAGAUUCUCUACAAUCGACUACAUUGGACUGAGUCAGAAACUGAACUUAAAACAAAUGUUGAAAUAUCUAAAGAAACAAAACCAAAAUCUCAUCAGAAAAGGAAUGUCCGAAUGGCAUCCGUUAUCCGUGAUCCAGGUUGCUUGUCUGUUGAUACACGUAAUUUUAAAUAUAUUGUGGACCCCUAUAAUGAAGGACGAGAAGCAGAAGCUUCAAGUCCUUCCCAAAAAAUAAAGGAAAUACUAGAAAAAUACCAUGACCUAUUCACACUGCAGGGGGAAGGUGUCAUUGGCAAUAUGUGUGUUCCAAGCCAAGCYGAAUGGGAGCGGCUCCUGACAAAUUGUAGUGCGUUUCUGUUCUAUGGGAUGGAGAGAUUCAUGUCUCAUGUAUUGCUUAAUUGGUUGGUUGCUAUGAACAUCCCAAAAUGCCRUUUGGUGAUUCUUCUGGAUCUUGUACGAUCACUGCAAAGUUACCAAAGAAUUAAAAACUCUGAUAUCCACAAAAGUUGUCUAUGUGUUGCUCUAGAGAGACCAACAGAGACAGCAAUGCUUCUAAGUCUUACAGGUGUUGGUUCUGUAAUAGCCACCCAGUGGUACACGACUCUGCAAGAGAAUGCAGAAAGGCUGGAGAUCUUGUUUGAGAAUUUGCUGAGCUUUGGUAAAACAGCUGGGCAGACAGUCCAUAUUCUUCAAAAGAGUAGAAGUCACAAGAAAAGGGAUUCCAUUAAAAUGGAAACAGACUCUCAGAGUUGUUCUGGAGACAAAAUAGAAGAAGAGACUGUCGACACUUCCUCAGAUCUUCCUGCAACUCAGCCGUCAUUUUUUAAUUGUGUGCUGUAUGGUUUACCCAAUGUAAUUCUGAUGUAAUUUGUGUCAAUCUUUUCACGAUACAAAUACCUACACUGGUGCAAGGAGGCAUGAGCUUAAGAAAAAGUUAACAUAUUGCUGAUUUCUGAUUUCUGUUUCAGAUGUAAACAGUUGGAUAUUAGAAUAAGUGUCAGGAAAAAAGAAUAUAUAAUUCAGAGAUCUGGGUUAGUAYUCUAAGGUUUCUUAACUUGGUGAACCCUUCAAAAAAUUGUUAAGUACCAACAUAUCUUAAAGAAAAGUGGGCUAAAGUUUUUCAGCCUUCAUGCAUGAAUGUAAUUAAAUUGUAUCAAUGUCAGUGCUUCCGUUUGGACAAAUGUUUCCGUGGUGUAUUUUAUUUUCACAUGAACAGUUUAUGAGGAACAUAGGUGAAGAUUUACCAAGUUACCUUACUCUGAAUUAUCUUUUUAUGUGGAGGUAGUUGUAGUUUAAUUAGAAAACAAGUUAGUGUCAAAUAAAAUGGUUAAUAAUUUUUGGGGUUUUUUCCUGUGAUUUUCCUCAAAAACAUAURAACAUCUAUUAAAUUAUUUUAAAAUCCCAAAUAUGACUGUUAUGUGUAUGGAUUUUGUAAUAUGCUCUCUUUAAAAAUAAAGCAUUUUUUAAUUACACACUUCAAAACUUCAUAGCAAUAGAAAUAGAAGUAAAAUAAAUUAGCAUUAUGGAAAAUAUAAAGCUUUGAUUGUCAUUGCAACUAAAAUUGUCAAGAGUCUUUUUUCCCCAGUAAAAUAGUGAUGUCUAUUUCCUGUGACACUUUUUUUGUGUYUCAUAGAGCAUUACAAUGGUACUGAAAAGAUACUGUCCUUGGCUCCCUGAUGUGUUACAGUUAGAGCCUGGUAAGGGUCACAGGGCUGUACAGACCAUCUUGCAGAAUAAUGGCAUGCAAAAUACUUCAUGCAUGCAACAUAAUAUAAAUUAGUGCUUCCUUCCCUCUUUCACAAUUGAAUUACACAACCUUAUAUCAACAGGAGUUGCUGUGUCAGUUUGUAUUCCGUAAUAUGCGUGAUUUUUCUUCCCCUUAUAACGUAAUUUGGACACAGGACAUAUAUGUUUUAUGGUGUAUCUUGCCCUUCAGUACAAUACAAAUUAAGUAAAGAAGAGAUCAUAGAUUAUACUGAAAUUAYCCAGUCUGAAAACUAAGGAUUCAGKGUCAGGUAUUUUCAGGUCUCUGAACUCCUCAUGUUUUACCAGAUGCUGGCUUUUUGUUUGUUUAGUUUUAGGUCUUGUAAGGUACUUUUUCARUGUAUAUCUGUAAUGCAGAUGUACUUUUUUUUUUUACAUCCCAUGUAAAAUGUACUUUUUUUACAUCCCAUGAAUGGUAUUUGGGAAGCUGAAGUGUUGCUGAGUUUGAAGAAGCAAUUUGUGUUGCAAGAAGCAAGUAUACACACUUGUUGUUCACUAUAGCAAAUAUACUCAUAUUGUUAAUUUCUCUAUGUACAAUAUUAAUUUUCACAUCAUCCUCCAACACAUUGAUUGUCAUGCAGCUGUAUUUACCUGCUCUUAAUGGCACUGUGAAUGCCAUCUUUCUAGUAUUGGGUUUUGGGUGUUUUUUUGUAACAUAAAGGGUUUUAGAAAAAAAGUGUAUUCAAUGGGAAUCAKGAAGCCUUGGUUACCUUGCUACAUGACAGUUUUAAUGGAUUUGUGCUAACUUCUACCUUCUUGAAGUAAGAAAUUCGAUGAACGAUAAAAUCCAGAGAAGUUUCAAUGCUUCCGAAAUGGCAGUGUUGUUCUUUGA